AAACCACAGGUGCUGCAUUUUGUGCUGUGCUUUUUUUUAGGCGGUUGGUUUUGGGUCGUACGUUCUUUUCAUGCAUGUUCUUGUACAUCGGAGUGCAGCUUUACUAGUUUGUAUCGAGAACAUAUGUCAUAAUCUAUUUGCUGAGUUUCACUUUUUAGAAGUGUGAGCGCUGCACGCGCUCAUUCAAUCAUCUUUAUUUAAGGUUCACCUUAUUUAUUUCAAACGUUGGUCUUGGCUUGCUACACGGCUUCGGCUAGGAAGAAAACGGCAAGAUGGAUCAAGCUUCGCAGGCGCAGUACACAGCAAUGUGUAACAAUUUGCACAAACUCGGAUGCUGGGACCCUCAUAUGAUCACACACUCCGUUAUGUGCGGUCACCGGGAUGGAAGGUCUUUACUACAUUCAAAGGACGAGAUUAUUAUAUUGUAGUAAAAAGUGUUUGGGGUGCGCGUAACGGGACUACUUUAUUUCAAUGAAUGAGAAUGGUCUACGUUUAGGUCUUGAUGAGAGGAAAACUUUUCAUGAGACUUCUUAUCUUGUUAAGUAAGUUAGGAGGUCGAUCACGAUCAUCAUACACCCGCUCUACCUGAGCUUAGAAGGUCGAUCAUCAUACACGCACACCUCGCACCGAAAACUAGGUUGCCCAAGAGCGGAAAGCUGGAAUGCAAAAAUGACCAGGAUUUGCAAGGAUUGUAUGAUGCGAUUGAACAUUUCUUCUGCUCGCGAAAGCCGCUGACUCUCUGUGAGAUGGCGACGCCGGUAAUUACUUACUCUUUCGCACUAGUUGAAAUUGAAUACAACUGGGCGGGAACAACUUUUAAUUAUUCCUAGUUGAGUGGGUUCUUAGUCCUAGGUUUGUCCCUCCAAUCAAUACACUAAUUAGCUGGUUUGAUUACCAAUACAAAAAUAAUGCUACGUACAGUAUCGGUCUCCACCAGACCCUUAGUUUUAGGUACAGCCAUCUUCAUGACUAACAUAAGCAUUCUGCACUAACAUAAACUUAAACAUUCUUGUCAUGGUUUUUGUCCUGCUCAACAUCAUCAAGUACAAGACAUGUUGAACCACCAAGACAGGUAUUCAAGUAUUACCAAGAUGUUGACGUGCUCUUGCCGCACGUGAAGUGUUUGGAGGAAAUCUCGGAAAUUGAGGCUUUGUGGAUGGAAUGUUAAGGUUUACUCAACAUAUUCAUUGUUUGAGAAAGAGGCAUCUUGUUUGUACUUCUGCUUUUGUCACGGGCAACCGGUAACAAACUCAGAACUCGUUUCUACGGUCAUUCUGAACACUGACAUCAGGAACGUACACAUGGCAUGAGUUUGACGUGCUGUCAGGGGAAAGACCGUUAAAAGAUGCGCUCCAAGUCCAAGAAGUACGCAAAAAAUGGUGAUGUUUUCUAAGCGUGUUUGAUUCGAUGCCAAGCUGCAGUUUUGGGCGUAAUCUGGCGCACCCACGAUGCUCUCGGCGUCGAGCGAGCGAAGCCGGAUACGACAGUGAACGUUUUCGCUUCCAGUGGAUACGCGAAGAGGUUCGACUUUUCUUUACUACUAGUAGUACAGUACUCAACUUUUGACUUUUCUUUAGUAGUAGUAAAUUCAUCAGUAUUUUUGGUAGUUGUACGCUUCUACCAAGUGCUUUACGGGGCGCUUGCCUCCAAGAUGUCAGAUCGUUCGAAGAUAGAAUAACGUAUCUGUAGGAAGCAUGCAUGAUGCAGCCGGUUGACGACCAUGGAUGUUGAAUCUUUUCUUCAUUUGAUUGGUACUAGAAGGAAGUCUCCUGUACUAUGAUUGUCACAUAGAUACUCGCAGUUCAAGAUUUCGUUGCAUUUUAUCUGGGAAGAGCUGCAUGUAACUGCUCAUGAGAGUAAGGCGAUUCGCAAUGCAAAUCUGGCGUUCGUGGCUUCCAAGCAGUGCGGGCCGCUGCAUCGCCUCCUCGCGAAUGCACACAAAGGUGAAGAUCCAACCUUGAACGGCACGAAAAACCCGUGGGAAGACAUUUUAGAUAAUUAAGGCUCAAAUACAAAUUAAUAAAUAUGUUUUCACAAUGCGGCAUUGAUUUAUUUUUGUCGCGUUGUAAGUAAGUCUAUUAAUUAAGUAUUUCCUGCUUUUUAGUUUCCGACGACGCCGAGGCACCCUAGUAUCCUAGUCCAUGCUUGCUUUAAGAAAACUGAAACGAACUAUGUUGUUCGAGCUCUAAAGUGAGGCGUCUUCAGAGGGUUCGUCGCUCCGAAUGCCCUACACGGACAAGGCACUUAAAAUGGACAAGAAACAACCGGCGUUCGCAAAAGCAGGUAGAAACUUCAUCUGAUGACUUAAUUAGAUCCAUAGAGUAGUGCCUCCUUCUACUAAACUAACAAUUUUAUUUGGUUCAUCUUCCUGACCUCGUCUACUGUCCAGCAGUUGGUAUGCCCAAAAGAAAUUCGGCCGGUAAUCAGCAUUAUGCAUAUGGUGCCCUCCAGGAUGACAUUCAUUUAUGACUCUACUCUGAUCUCGAAUACCGAGAUCAGCUGUGAGAUUCAAAUUAUCUAUUUAAAGUUUGCCUGAUGGCAUCACCACGCUCUCAGGGCACAUGCAAGAUGAACGUUGGGUUAGGUGAUGGUUGCAGCUUGGAAUACUAAAUUUGUCACUUUGUUAUAGUGUGACUUUGAACAGCUAAUUCUUAGGCGUGGAGGUUCCUGUAACUUCAAAUUUGAUGCAAAAAAAAGUGGGGAAUCUCUGCUCCCACUAUGUCUAUCCCAUGAUUCAGCUUCGUUGUAGCUUCAAACUAUAGUGCUCGUGCAUUCAUUCGAAUCAAAUUUGGGUCCGGCUGGUUCAAAAGAUGACACUUUUUUAUACUCUACUCUGUCCUGUGUCGCCAGUUGCGAUCUAGGCCUGCUGUGAGGUUAGAAUCAUCUAUUUAAAGUUUGUCUGACAGCAAGCCGGGCUCCUCUUCGUAUCUAUUGAGAUCUCUUCGUCUUCAGGUUCAGAUCUUCUAAGAUAUAUACGCGGAUCUGAAAUAAGUUCGAUUGCAUGGCAAGUGUAAUUGCAGUUCCCUCACCAAAGAUUUGAAGUGUCCAUGUUUUGAAACUGUCAAUGUCAAUUCUCAUACCUCCUCCUACAACGACACAAUUGAGAUCUCGCACUUUCCUAAAUUUGAGCAGAUACAAACGACGUGAUGGAGGGCCGUCCGAAGUUGCCAGUGGCAUGCUAUAAUUAAGCGCUUAAAUAUUACAUCCUCCUCCACUAACAUCCUUGACCUUUUACUUUUUUCAAGUGGAAAGCCAAUGGGCCACGGAUGGACGUUUGGAAGGAAGACGUAAUGCUGCCAUCUCUAAUGUAAGGUGCAAUUAGUAGCGGGAGAUCCAGGUAAAUGCGCCUUGAAACCAGUUGCAUUGGUGAAAAAUUUCAGUCGAAAGUCCUGGAUUGAACGCGGUUCCGUCCGAUUGCCUCAAGACGCGAAAAUCGCGUCGAUUUGGUACUAUAAUGACUGGUCUGGUGUUGAAUGAAAUUUACAACCACCUCUGAAAUGAAACUACAGCCACUACUUGAAUAUCUCUUUUCCAGCAACAUAUUCUAUUAUACAUAGGCAUCGGCACGGGCAAAGGCUCUAGCCCAUUUCUAUAAUUGUACUAGUUCAAAAAUAGUUCUUCAGUGUUAUCCCCAUCAGCAUCACUUCAAGGUUGCCGUCACAGUUGAUGCCAGAACCAGCGAAAGCGAUUGUUGUCCAGAAUGUUAAUAGGAGGACUCAAGCGUCAAAGGAUCAAGGUUGGGGCAACGACGGCUGGCAACAGCGUGGAGGUACCUUUUACAAAGAUUUAGAGUUACAGACUGAUAAGAACGUUGUAUCUACAUGUAGCUCUUCGUCCAUUCUUGUCGACAAGGUCUUAGAGUUGUAUCUACUGCGUGUAUUCCAGGAAUCCAUUGUUGUCUUAAAAAUUAGGUGGCGGAAAGGGCAAGGGUCGUGGUAAGACCAUGAAGGGAAGUGGCGGCAACAAGCGUACCAAGCCGAAGCCAAAGCCCCGUGAUGAAAGUACAUGGAUCGCUGAUAAUUAAGGCUCAAUGGAAUUCAUUUCAUCUUCCAAAGGUCAUUUUCAUCCGUUUCCUUUUUGAGAUUCCGAAGAAAUGACCUCAGCAAAGAAAUUAAUAAGUAAAUGCAACGCAUAAUCAUUUAAAUAUUUUGAGUUGUUCUCACGCUUGACCCGUCCUUUUGAGUUCUUGUUCUAAGAUAACCUGCGUGGUUACUGGAUGGAUGACUACGACAACGUGUUGAACGUGUGGGUGGAGACCUCGACCGGUUCGAUCAAGGUGUACCGAGGGGACAGUAAUGUUCAAAUCGGCACUAUCUCAGUAGUCGAUCCGAAUGAGUAUCCGAUUAAGCUGUACUUCUCAGAGGAGCGUUCCCGCUCUCUUUGGGUACUCGACUACAAAGGCGACAACGAUCUUCAAGGCACCUGGAAGAGCAAUGACGGAAGUACAAAUAAUUAGUACUUUUACUUGUAAUAGUACCUACAAGUAAUACUAGUGGUAUAAGUACGGAUAAUACUAGUGCUAACCUAACGUAACCAUCAGAAUCAAGGGCGGCAACUGCUCCACUUCUAACAGGUUAAUACCAAUUAUCAUUCCAGUAGAGUGCUGAUCAAGCUUGAAAUAUUUAUGUUGCUGGUGCGGUUACUGAUGAGGAUGCGAACGCAUCUACUCGAUGAACCUUUUUGAUCGUGAUGAUCGAUACGAGCUUUUUGGAUUUUGAUCGAAAAGAGUGAACUUACAGAUCCGAAAAGCGACUGGAAUUGGCGAAGACCGGCAGUCUACAAAAAGACAGAGUGGCCGAGAUGGGGCGCGCGAGUGCUUCUUAAUAUCUCCGGUUCCGUCGACGGACCCAACAGAGUCAUAGCCUUGGGUACCAAUUUGAAUUUUUUACCAUCAUUAAUCUAUCAAUGUGAAAAAGUCAAUAUCAAGAAAAUUAUCUCCGGUGCUUCAGGGGCAGGACUGAGGCGGAAGUCCAUCUAGUUCUAGAAUCUAAAUCUCCUGUCUUCAGAACCAACGACAAUCUCAGAUGAUUGAAGAUACUGGAAACAAACUGUCACAGAUGAUCGAAGAUACUCGAAACAAACAGACUGUCACUUACUCUUAGUUCACGUCAUCUAAUGGGGCAAUAGGGUAAUCCAAGAAUCAAUAAAAAGCAUAAGUACUUUUAUAUUUAAUUUCACGUGAUUACUUACUUGAACUCGACAUUGUCGUCCUCGAGUUCCUUGUUCAUUUGUAUUUUGUAGGCGUGGUGAUCAACGCGGUUGGCACACAGGCUGACCAUCCAAAUGUGAAGCAGAUGUGGCAUGGAAGCUUACGCCUGGACCACAACGAUCUGCCAGAAACAGGAGAAGUCACAGUUCCAAUGGCAAACUUGGCAGCUGCGACCCUGGGUCUACGUGUUUGCAUCGAUUUAGGCCUUGACAAAAAGGAGAUCAUGGUUGGCACCGACCACUCAAUCGUAAUGCUUAUAUUUAUAUUUUUUAUACUUGUUGUAGUCGGACUGGUAAUUAGGCAAUGUUACAUGUAUAAAAAUUCGCGUCGAACAUGUUGUACGUAAAUCCUGUUCAAGUUGGAUAUUUUUCAAAAUUAUUUAUAUGAAUAUUAAGUACCUCUCCUGUUGCUCUCGCCAUCUUUAAUUCAGGUUGAAGCCCAGUUUCAGAAUACGAGUCGAAAGAUUGCGGCAGAUUUGCGUCCCAUUGUUGACGUGAUGGAUGAGUACAGGAACAGUUUGGCUUUCCCAGUGCGCGUAACGCAGACGACCGCACAUGAAAAUCAGGCGACCGAGGUGGCACGAACGUGCCGUCAUUAUGGCACUAACAUCGGGAAUGUAGUACUGAUGUGUUGAGUAGUUGAUCGAACCACUAUGAGGGAGUGGCACGUUUCUGUUUCUCUCUCUCAUGUGCAUGUUGUCCUUGUCUACGAGGAAUAUUUUUUUUUUCUCAGCAACCAACAUCAGGCAAACGGGAUUAAAAAAGGUUCGACUAUUGAUUUGAAAACCCUACACUUUUCCUACCGGUCUAAUGUCAGUCAGGCUACUCGACAGUUGGUGAUCGAAAGCUGUAUGAGGCGGUGCAACAGGCAGUCGAAGCCCGAGGAAACCCAGGUAAUUAUACUUCUACCAAUAAACGCUAAAUUAGACAACAUUGUUAGAAGAUUCGUCCUCUAGCCCUGUUUUCUCCUCUUGAAAGCUUAUUUCUUUGAGAGAGUGCUGUAGUUCUUACUAUGUCGAAAAGACCAUUAUUUUAUGUAAUACUGCUUAUCUUUCUUUUUCAAACUCUGUAAUACUUACUUACUUACUUACUUACUUACUUACUUACUUACUUACUUACUUACUUACUUACUUACUUACUUACUUACUUACUUACUUACUUACUUACUUACUUACUUACUUACUUACUUACUUACUUCAUCUUUUUAUGUAAUACUUACUUACUUCAUAAUGAACCUCAAGUCUUCUUGUUGAUGUAUCGCUAGAGACUUCUCCCACUGCUCUCAACUUUUCCUACUCGUCAGUGACGAUUGUACACCUGUUGUUGUAUUUGUUCAGGUGGACUGAAUGCUCUGAAGGCGAUUACUUCGAUCAACCAGCAGUACGGUCAACAACAGUACGGGCAAUACAAUCCCGCGAUCCAGGAUUACGGGCAGGACUUCGCCAAGGGAGCCUACGGCCAACCGGCACUCACGUAUCCGCCACAGCAACCACCAGCGUUGAAAGUUACGGCAAAAAGAAAGAGAAACAUCAUUUUGAAUUUUUUUUGAAUAGAUUGAGUUUCGCGACAUGUAAGUAACUGACGGAUUCUCACUCUGUUGACCAACUUUGUAUGAUAAGGAUUUGCCAUAUCCAUACCGCUAAGACUGGAGAGCCAAGCCAGCCGAUGGGACCGCCUAUGGGCCAGCCAGGCCCACCGAUGAGUACUUUAACAUUUACUUAUCGUUUUAUGAUUCUGUUGAAGAUGAGAAAAACUAACAAAAGCAAACCAUGGAGUGAGUGUUCAACAACUUUGCUUCUGUUAUAAGAAAAUAAUGGUGAAGAAGGACUAGGAAACAAAGUAACAAAGCUCAUCAUCAUCAUCUUCAUGAACUCAACAGAUAAUAUGGGGAAGGGUCCGCAGCAGAUGGCACCGCAAAUGGCGCCGCAGAUGGGUGGUCCGCAAAUGGGAGGCCCGCCGCAGAUGGGAGGCCCGCCACCGCAGAUGGGAGGACCACCGAUGCAGAUGGGAGGCCCGCAACAAAUGGGAGGAGGCCCGCCGCCGCAGAUGGGAGGCCCACCACGGGGUGGCCCGCAAAUGGGAGGCCCGCAGAAGGGCGGUCCGCCGCAAAUUUAAGAGCAAAAAACAUUGAUGUACUCACAAAAAACAUGAUUAGAAGAAAACAAGAAAGGUUCAGGUUCUAAUACCAGAACAAUACAGUUCAAGUUCUCACAACUACGCGAUCGCGAUCGCGAUUUGCAUUUCCAUCUCAAACAGUAGGAGAGGCUUGUUUACUAGUUAGUAAGUACGUACAACCUCUGAGCAGGUUAUAAAUACCUCGAUCAUGAUACAUACAUGAUAUAGGAGGCCGCGCUCUAAGAUACGGGUGCUGGUCCGCCACCGAUGGGAGGCGGUCCCCCGCCAAUGUACGGAAAGCCUGGCUUUCCCCCACAACAGCAGCAAUUUCAGCCGCAACAGUGGAAUCCGGCCUACGGUGCGCCUGGAGCUCCACCCAUGCGUAACUACUAAGCUUCUACCUCCUAGUAGAAGUGUAAGGAAACCAGAGGAAUGGGGAGUAGGAGUUGAAGCAUGAAUUUCUUGUCCUCGUCGUGCAAUGGUAAAAGUGAAUGGAGGUCAAGUCAUGACUUCUUUCUUCGUUCCUGUGCGGGAGGAGGUGAACAAGGACGAGAAGCGAAGUGACACUUCGUCGUAGAGUGUGGAAGCCUCCACAUGACCAUGCACGUCAUCAUGCUUCGAAGAAAGGGUGGGACUAUCCUAGAUCGUCAUGUAAUGUUUGACCCCUCCUGCUACUUCGGCGCGCCAUCAUGUUGUGAAAAUCUCAGUUUACACAUUUUCGACUUCACAUCUUGUUGUUUUGAACCUCUAUAAUACCGAUCGAACUCUCGCUCGACAUGGAAUAUGUUUACACUAUAGAAAAAUUUAUUCAAACACAGAAUGUCAUUUCAGAUCUGAUGAUGCCCACUUCCUUGUAAUGAUCAUGAUAUUAUUGCCGCCCCGCCGGCCCCAACCCGUAUCAUUCGAUUUUCUUCAAUAUCGACAGUAAUCUAACGAAUCUUCUUUGUCAUCUCACGUUUUCAAAUUGUCUUUUUGUUUUGUAAGUUUAGCGCUCCCGCCUCCUCGGCCUCUCCGCUGUUGGGUCAUUCUUGGUCGACAUGAGAAGCACGAAGACGAACGUUAUCCUCAUCUAGGUUAGAAUCACUCUCAGACAACAAGUACUAAAUUCUCGUUAAUAGGUUUUGGAUUUGAAGAUUCUGAGAGAAACAUGAUCAUGAUGUUUGACAGUGUUGGUUGACUGUCAUAGAGCAUACCAUCAAAUAUUUCGCCCUUGUUUUAUCGAUCUACGAGAAGAAAUUGAACGAGAUAGUCUGGUCACUCCUUGUCAGAUAUUAGCAAUCUUGUUGAUGCAAAGAAAAAGAUUGAUAAGAAUGAUCAUCUUCGUCCAAAGAACACUCACUCAGAAGCCCUCGCUGUAAGUGUCCGACAACUUGCCAGCGGAAAACCACACGAACACACGACUUCUUUCGCUACUAGACUUACUUAUUUCCUCAAACAAUGACUCCUGUUGAUGUUGUAUGUACCUUGGAUCAGCUGGCGCGAUGUUAGAGUCGCGACGUUGAAUAUAACCAGUAUUAAUUGUCUGAAUCAGUAAUAAAUUAUAUAUCCUUUCUCAUCCUCGUGUCUUCAUCUUCAUGAUCACCUUUUUGUCUUCUGCUGCGUCUGCGGGACGAUUUUUCAAAGUUCAUAUUCAUAAGCACGGUCCAAUGACUAGGGAAGCGCAGGUUGUGGCACAGUGCUUCAAGCAAAAGCGAAGAAUGCAACGAAUUUCAGCAUCACACGCACUAACGUCCUGUUUGAUAUUGUAUGUAAUAUGGUAAAUUUAUUUUUCCCGUUCAGCUUGCUAGAAAUAGGAAUGAGUCCAGAAUCUUGAUGACGAAACCCCAAGUAAGAAAACAGCGCGCUUCACUCCCGCAGAGUCAUUUUGGUAUACUACUGCUACUUUUCCUCUUCGUGAUGUGCUGUGAGACGCGUGAUACAUCUUGGCUCUGUGGCUGCAAUGUCGUGGCACACCCUAGCUUGUCGUAUCGUAUCUACAUUUCGCAGGAGCAUGAGUGCAG